AUGGCUGCUGUGAAUAAAUCAGGGCUUUUGAACCUAGAAAAAGUGUGUAGAGCUUGUUUGCAAAUAAAAAAGGAUAUGAGACCUUUAUUUGAACAACUUACUGCGACAAUGUUAAUGGGAAUAUCCAAUGUGCAGGUGGCAGUUGGCGAUGGUUUACCAUCCCAACUAUGUCUCCAGUGUGUGCAUCAAAUAUCCAGAUGCCAUGCCUUCAAGGAGAUGGUGGAGAGAAAUGACGCCACAAUACGUGAUCAGUUAAAGUGGGUAGCGGAAGAGACUCUCAAGAAAAAUGAGAAUAAGAUCAGUAUAACAUGCGCGGAGCAGCCCUUCAUCCAGUACAUUGAAGUGCCAAUGCCGAACAGCAAUCAGAUGCUGGAUGAAUUCUUCACCAACACACCAGAACAGGCACAGAGUGAUAAAACUGAGAACGUAGAGAAGACGAAUUUUGAAGACAACAAGGAAACAACCGAACAAGCACCAGUUAAAGACGACGAAGCUCUAAACAUGGACGAGAACUACAUGCAAAUGGUGGUAUUCCAAGUGACGUCAUCAGUGUCUCCUGGCCGUCACGUGUGCAAUCUGUGCCACAAGGAGUUCAAGCACGGCAGAUGGCUCAAGAUGCAUAUGCGAUCUCAUACUAACUGGAUAAAGGCCAACUGUAAGAAGCCCCCCAUGUGCCCGGUCUGUAAGAAGACAUUUAAGGGUCCUGGUAUGUUACGCAUGCAUAUGCGCACGCAUGAGCAAAGGCCGCCAAAACAACCGACAUGUUCCGUCUGUCAGCGAACAUUCCCGAGUAAAACCCUCCUCUACCGACAUAGACAAACUCACUUCGAACAGAAAAUGCACCAAUGUACUAUUUGUGAGAAACGCUUCUUUAGCGGCUACGCAUUAAGGUCGCAUUUGGCUCGGCACAGAGGGGAGAGGCCGUAUAUGUGCACCAUUUGUUCUAAAAGCUUCUAUAAUCCUACAGAUUUAAAGGUGCACUUUAGGCUACAUACAGGUGAAAAACCACUAAAGUGUUCCGAAUGCAGCAAGACAUUCCGUCGCCACUCCACACUGUGUCAGCACAUGAAGAAACACCGCGGCAUCAGGAAUCAUAUCUGCAUGGUCUGCAAUAAAGGAUUCUAUGAAGUUUCCAAACUUACAGCUCAUAUGAGAGUACAUACAGGCGAAAGACCAUACGAGUGUCAAUACUGCGACCGUAAGUUCGCGCAGCAAUCCGCAUUGAUCUACCACCGGCGCACUCACACCGGAGAGAAGCCGUACAGCUGCAAGGUGUGUCCUGCUCGCUUCACCACCUCCUCCGCCCGCAACAACCACAUGGUCACACACACCGGCAACAAGAAGUUCAUAUGUCCCGUGUGCUUCAAAGGUUGCACCUCUCGUACGGAGCUACGCAUACAUUCCAGCAAACAUACUGGAGAGAAGCUCUUCGGAUGUGAACUGUGCUCGCAAAGGUUCAGCUCGGCUUCAUAUUUAGCUGUGCAUCGGAGACAUCAUACUGGAGAGAGGAAGUAUCAAUGCCAGACUUGUGGAAAGGGUUACAUAGAAUCGAGUGCUUACAAGAAACAUUUAAAAACUCAUAUGGGUAAACAAGAUAGUGAAUCAACCGAAAACAAUGCAACAGAACCCGAAAAAGAAGAAAGGGAAAAAGAGGCACCUCAUAUAAUAACUAUUACUGAAGAAAAAACAGAAGUUCAACAACAACCACAAGAACAGCCCGUUCAGAUUAGUGGACCUUCACCGAAGAGAUUCAAAUGUGGCCUCUGUGUGAAGACUUAUAUGUAUCUACACAGUUUGAAGAAACACAUGCUGUCUCAUAUGACGGAACAUCAUCACCAACAACAACAACUACUACAAGAGCAACAGCAACAACAGCAGCAACAACAACAACAACAACAGCAGCAGCAGCAACAGCAGCAGCAACAGCAGCAGCAACAGCAGCAGCAACAACAACAACAACAACAACAGCAACAACAACAUCACCAACAGCGUCAAGCACAAAGUCAACAACUGCAAUCACAACUGCAGCAAUCGCAACAGCUACAAUCUCAACAGUUGCAACAAUCACAACAAAUCCCACAGCAACAGCUGCAGCAGCAGGUGGUGCAGGUGGGCGGUGUGCCGCAGCUAGCGCUACCUCUGCACGUCACAGGUGUACAGGGUGGUCAGCACUCAUAUCCGGUGAUAUCUUCUGUGCAAUCCCUGCAGCUGCAGCAAACUCAUCAACAAGUCAAUACGCCUCAACAGCUGCAAGUACAGACCAUACAAAUCCAUCCACAGCACCAACCUAUACAAAUACAUGCAGUAGGUGUGCAGCAAGUGCAGCAACAGCAGCUGCACGUCGCGACAUCUGCCUGUCAGACCAUGCUGCCUAAUAUAUUGCAGCUCCAACCUGCAACAGUUGCUGUAUCAGGAUUGAGUCAGCAAGAGCUGAGCGGCGUCGCGCACCGCAUCAUACUGCAGCAGCCGCCCACACAUCCAGCACUCUACUCCAUACAUCACUGAUACUAGUUACACUACUGAGGCUUGUGUAAUUGAGUCAAGUUACACUAGUGAGAAUAAUUACACAAUAAAGACUGUUUACAGUACUGAGUGUUUACACAGUUAAGUCAAGUUACACUACUGAGUAUUUACACAAUUAAGUCAAGUUACACUAGUGGGAAUAUCUAACAAUUGAGUCAGAUUACACUAAUGAGCUUAGUCACACUUCUGCGUCUGUUUAAACCUCUGAGACUAGUUACACAAGUGAGUCUGACCGGAGUUCUAGUUAAGUUGAUCUAGUAUUACGGAUGUUCAAUAGAGGGGAUAAAAUGACGAGUCAUUUUUAUUACU